AUGGAAGCACCAGUUCUGCCUCCCGAGGCAGCAGCAGAGAAGAUGUCUACCGACGCCGUAACACAGAUCUCAGCCUCCGAAAUCGACAAGACCUUCAAAUCCACCUCUAUAGACCUCGCUUCCGCCCCACUCGGCUCCCGCAUCGUCUCCUGCAGCAACGAGUUCUUCGCCGCCGCCUCCAAUCUCCUCACCCCCACCCCUCCCGUCCAUAAACCGGGCGUCUUCGUCGAAACCGGUGCUUGGUACGACGGCUGGGAAACUCGUCGCCAUAAUCCGCAAGAGUUCGAUUGGGUGAUCAUAAGACUUGGAGUCGCGAGUGGGAGGGUGAAGGGUGUGGAGGUGGAUACGGCGUUUUUCAAUGGCAAUCAUGCGCCGGAGGUCAGGGUUGAGGGAUGUUAUAUCGACGAUGCGAGGGAGCGGGAGGUUAUGAAGGAAGGCUAUCAGGGAUGGAGAACGAUCUUGGACAAACAGUCUUGCGGCCCUAGUCAGCGGCACGCCUGGCUCCUUCCCCAAGUCACUCCACAGGCGUACACGCAUGUGAGGUUAUGCAUGUUCCCCGACGGCGGCAUCGCCCGCUUCCGCCUCUACGGGCACGUCAUACCCAUCCUCCCGCAAAGCUUGGACACGGUCUUCGACCUCGCCGCGACCGUAAACGGAGGCGUAGCGGUCUCGUGCUCGGACCAACACUUCGGAACCAAAGACAACCUCCUUCUUCCCGGACGAGGGAAGGAUAUGGGCGACGGCUGGGAAACUAAGCGAAGUCGAGGUGAACAUGUCGAUUGGGUUAUCGUCCGCUUAGGCGUGCCGGGCCAGAUCGAGAGGGUGGUGGUGGAUACGGCGCAUUUCCGCGGGAACUUUCCGCAGAAGGUGCAGAUAUUUGCUGCAGAGGCGGGAGAGGAGGCGCCGGCGCAUGAUAGUGGGGUGUGGAAGGAGGUUUUAGAGAAGCAGCCUUGUGAGCCGGAUAAGGAGCAUGAGUUUGGGAGGGAGGUGUUGAGGGGUGGGGACGGGGUGGUUGGGUGGGUGAAGAUGGUAAUUAUUCCUGAUGGUGGGGUGAAGAGGUUGAGGGUUUUCGGGAGGAGGGCUGAGGGUGGAAGGUUGGUUGGGAGGGGUGGGAAGGUGUAG